AAAAGGAAUCAACGAUGUUCAAGAAUAAAAUCAUUGUUUUCUCGUUCGUAUUGUUCUGGAAAUGUGUUUAUUAUGCAUCGUGCAUUUCAUUCAAUGUCACGGAAAUUGCUAUGUUAAAAGCGGUGCAGACCGGGUUCUGUGGAACGGAAACGGCUUGUAGCAAUUCACUUCCGCCAACGCUAGAGAAGGGCCAGGAGUCGAACCUUCCCACUUUGCCGCUACCGCUUCCCGCUGUUCUACCUGACCGAUGCUGUGACAGGUGCUCGUGCAACAUUACCACGUGUCCGAUCUAUGGCAACUGCUGUGCGGACAUUCUAGAUCAAGUGGACUUUUCCAACUGGAAGUAUUUAACGUGCGAGCAGGCACAGUACAGGACUGGUGACGACAACUACCAGACAGGGAGGCAGCUGUUCAUGUAUACCGCCUGCGACCCGCGCUACACAGGAGCAGACGACAUAGCCCGCUGCGCCAACCGUGACACCUUAAAUGGCAUUUCGAUACGUCGACCGGUCACUGAUUUACUCACAGGCAACACGUACAUCAACCAGUUUUGUGCCCGCUGUAACUUCGCCGAGGAGACGGUCAGUUGGCUACCCUACGUAAAGUGCACGAACGACGCAGAAGCAGUCAAUCUACUUCAAGCCACUAAUGAGGACAUUUUAUCCUUGCUAGAACAAACAGUGUCCUGCAAUAUCGUAUUCGAAAAGCCACCGGGGAAUUUUAACACAUCUUAUUGUUUCAAAUCGACAAAAGACACAUGUAACUUCACCGGUAAUUGGAAACAAUACGAUUCAUUCAUUGACAGAGCAUGUGGAUCUUACCAUUCACCCUUUGAUGGGUACAACAACGUGUUUUGUCACCUCUGCAACGCAUUGGACACCCCGGAACAGUGCACGGGGGCGUCUAUUGUAACACUGUUCCCCUCGUUUUCAACACUUCUGGAUUUCACUGGUGAUGAGACCGACGUCGUGUCCCAGGCUCCUGAUACCAAAUGUCGCUCAAAUCAGUUCUAUGAUCCAGUUAAGGGCGAAUGCCGAGACGUGACAUGCCGGUUUCCGAAGCGAUAUUCCUCUGCCGGGGUUUGUGUAAACAGAGCUCAGACGCUGCGUGGUGUGGCAUACCGGAUCUACAUUAAACUGACACCGAUGACCGCCCUCCACGCUGACACACUGCAGGAAUCAAUCGACCUGGUUCAGGGGGAUAUAACCUUACUUCUAUUGGACCUGUCAUUGUACAGAGCAGUUCGCAACUUCACCAUACUGUUUCUGCCUGAAAACAAUCCUACUACAACAACAACGAUAUCAGAUAUGCCAACACAAGCAACGGAAACAACAUUGUUACCUUUACCACCAAACAUUUACCUAGGCCUACCUGUGAAGUAUGUUUUAGUUCGAGUACAGCUCUAUCUCCAGGCUCCGGAAACUGACCCUCCUUUUAAUGUCAGUUCCUUGGACGAAAUUCUUGCCCUUGAUGGGAAGCCAAUCACCUUUAUAUCAACAUAUACUGACUUUAACAUAACUUUUUUAGUAAAUUUCGAAGACUACUCUAAAACCGACUUCACAAAGGGCCGAUAUGUCAACAUGUCAGACCCUACGACAAUGGAAACCUUAGAAGAACUGUCAAUUUUGUUCCGAAUACAAAAAACAUUUUACGAGUUUUAUGGGAACGAAACGCCGCCUGCACUAACAACGAGAUUUAGUUGCCCAUUGAUAACUUUAACAUUAAACGAGAUAGUUGAUGUAGACGGGAAUGACUAUAUCUUACAUUCAGGGGAAGCCAUAAACGCUAAGUAUGUCUUCAAUAUGGUCACUGACCUAAAUGAUACAGUGUACCAAGUGUGUUUGGAUGAAUACAUCGCAAGACAAAAUCUAACAACAAACGGACCCACAACUCUAACAACAGAAGGCCAAUCGAUCCGCGCUAAUGGCAUUGUCACAAUGGUGUUCACCUGUCUGUCAGUGCUGUGUCUGCUCUUGACGCUUCUAACCUACUGCAUAUUCCCAGAACUCCGGACACAGCCGGGAAUCAACAAUAUUGGGCUCAUACUGAGCCUAAUUCCUGCCCAACUGUUGUUCCAGUUCGGAGCCGGGCAGUAUUCCGUGAUAGCGUCCUGGUCAUGUGUUCUUAUUGGGAUUCUUGGUCAUUUUGCUUGGCUAAUGGUGAUAUUUUGGAUGAACGUCUGUUGUUGGCAUAUGUUCCGAUCAUUUACAAACCUACAAUGGAAAUCAGGGUCUAAAGUGAAAACUACGGCGUUCUAUACACUAUACACUGUCAGUGCUUCCGGUUUGUUUGUAGGUAUAACGGUAGUUACCGAUCAUGUUCGGUCCAAUGGUAGCAGCGUAGGUUAUGGAGACGGCAUAUGCAAUUUGUCAGCGCUUUACUUGAUUGGCUUCACGUUUGCACUGCCCGUAUUUGUUGUCAUCGUUGCAAACUUGGUGUUAUUCCUAAUGGUUAUCGUAAAAAUUAGCCGUCUUCCGUCAAUCAAAUCAUCGACACAAUCAAAUAGAAAUUACUUCAAAAUAUAUGCCAAACUGGCGACACUGACCGGGGUCUCGUGGAUAUUUGGCUUUAUUUUCAUUUUUACGAACGUGGCAGUGUUUGAGUACCUGUUUAUCAUACUAACGAACGGCCAGGGUGUCUUUAUAUUUGUCUCGUUUGUUGCGAAUGCCCGCGUAUAUCGUAUGUACAAUGGUAAAAUAUCUGAAUUCACCCAUUCAUUUUCCGACGCCGACGGCACAAAGAAUACCAAAACCGGAUCGACAGCCAGUAGCUCAAAACUUUAAUGUAUGAAUGGAUUUAAUUUGAAAUACGUUGUUUGAAAUUAAUAAAGUGUAUGAAUCUCGAUAAAUGUGAAAUUUCAUAAACACAAUCAAAAUUCCCAAGUGCAUGAUAAGGCCCGUAUUUUUAUUGACGCAAAGACG